AUGGUCGCUCCAGCUGUGCAACGCAGCGAGGCUUGCGAGAUCGGGCAAAGCGACGUGGAUCACAAACCUGUUGCAAAGGAGAGUGUCAUAGACGUCACCUGGAAAGAGAUUCGAAUUCACGACGUACCCGCUUCCCUGGCCUCGGUAACCCAAGGCUAUCAAGUUCUCUGCACACGCUGCGCUCGGCCUACCAUCGAGAAGACCUUGCUCCAAUACGGCGCAUCAUUCAAGUGCUCGAAUCAGUCGUGUACGAAUCGCCAUCAACGAGCGGCCGUGGCCUUUCCCGGAGACGAUCAGCAGGGCGUCGAUCCCGCCAAAAAUCCACUCUGCCACUGCAAUGUCGUCUCGAGGUUCAAGAGGAUCUACGUGGAUGAGACUGACUUGAAGAAAGGCUCUGAGAAAGUCUUCGAGUGUGCGGCGCUGAGGUGCGAUUUUGGCGAGGAGCACGAGCAGAGGCCGAGUGUGAAAUUCCGUUGA